AUGCAUGCUGCCUGUUGCUGCUGCUGGCACUUCCGGUGCAGGCAGAACACGUCCCUACUCAACCCGUCCCUACUCUACCUGUCCCUACCCUACCCGUCCCUACUCUACCCGUCCCUACUCUACCCGUCCCUACUCUCCCCGUCCCUACUCUACCCGUCCCUACUCUCCCCGUCCCUACUCUCCCCGUCCCUACUCUACCCGUCUCUACUAUCCCCGUCACUACUCUCCCCAUCCCUACUCUACCCGUCCCUACUCUACCUGUCCCUACUCUACCCGUCCCUACUCUCCCCGUCCCUGCUAUCCCCGUCCCUAAUCUACCAGUCCCUACUCUCCCCGUUCCUAUUCUCCCCGUCCCUACUCUACCCGUCCCUACUCUACCCGUCCCUACUCUACCCGUCCCUACUCUACCCGUCCCUACUAUCCCCAUCCCUACUCUCGCCGUCCCUAUUCUCUUCUCCCCGUCCCUACAAUCCCCGUCCCUACUCUCCCCAUCCCCGCUAUCCCCGUCCCUACUUUCCCCGUCCAUACUAUCCCCGUCCCUACUGUCCCCGUCCCUAUUCUCCCCGUCCCUAUUCUCCCCGUCCCUAUUCUCCCCGUCGCUAUUCUCCCCGUCCAUACUAUCCCCGUCCCUACUGUCCCCGUCCCUAUUCUCCCCGUCCCUAUUCUCCCCGUCCUCACUCUAUUGGCCCUAUUCUCUUCUCCCGUGUCUACUCUCCCCGUCCCUACUCUCCCCGUCGCUACUCUCGUCUUGCAUACUUCCAUCGUCCUUAUUUCCGCCUGCCUAUUUCCCGUGCCACCUCGCAUCACGCCGUGCCACCGGCCCACGCACGGGUGCCUACGGUGCUCCAACGCGUCCCGCGAAUCCCUCCACCAGUGGUGGCGGGGGCCGCCAACGGUGCUCGCGUGAAUGCGCGCAUAUCGCCCACCUAG